GGCAAUGGUUUUGAAAUUGACGUCAUGGUGGCCAUAUUGUAAAUUUAUCCUGAAUAAGUAAAACGAUUUGUUUACUAUGAUUAAGUGAUGGGUUUAACCUAAAGUCAGUUAUGGUAUCUUAGCAACAAAAUGCCCUUAUUACAAAGGCUUAUAGAACCUGUCCAUGUGUGUCGCAACACACUGCCAUUUGACAACCGUGGAUCACUUGCCUUAGAUAUUCCCAAUGAACUAGAAUGUGUCACUAAUGGAACAUUGUCAAAUGUCAUCAGGCAAUUGUCAUCUUUGUCUAAGCAUGCAGAAGAUAUAUUUACUACUCUUUUCAAGGAAUCCACAGGCAUUGCUGCAAGAACCCACUCAUUACAAGGACGUAUUGAUCGACUAGCAGUCAAAGUAACUCAGUUGGAUUCAAAUGUAGAAGAAGUCUCUUUGCAAGACAUUCAUAUGAGAAAAGCCUUUAAAAGCUCAAUUGUUUAUGACCAAGAAGUUAUAUCUCGUGACUCAAUGCCUGCUGCUAUGGCUGAAAUUUACAGGAGUUGUGGUAAACCUCCACCACUAGACAAAUUAAAUCCAUACAGGGAGGAUGGAAAAGACGGGCUGAAAUUUUACACAGAUGCAACUUAUUUUUUUGAGCUGUGGAAACAAGAAAUGUUGAAAGAUACUGAAAGGUUGAUCCAUGAUAAAGGGAAAAAACCUCACAGACCAAGGCCUGAUGGAGGUAAGAGACACAAGAAAGUAAGACAACCUCAUAAUACAAGAGAAAAGUAUAGAAUGAUGGCAUGUACACAAGAUUUUAUUGAUAAGCAUAAUUAUCCUUUGUCAAAUUAUAGUGAUACCACCCUUAGAACUCCAAGUUUAGUUAGCGAUGGAACAGAUGGUGCCCCAGUAAGACCCAACAGCCUUGAGUUACAUAUGCCAUACCUAGAACAAGAUGGAAGUUAUGGGAGUCCGGUGAAUAAUUACCCUCCCCCUCCUCCUGCAUACUCAGAAUAUCAAACUCAAGCCUAUCCACAGCAAAAUAUAGCUCAAGCACAGCAUUACCCACCACCACCACCAUACUCAGUGAAUUCUCCUGAGCAUAGAACAUCUUCCAACAACAGCACUCCCACAAGACAGAGUCGAGCAAAUUCAAGACCAUCACAGCCACCACCUGCUCCUCCUGUAACAGGAUCAAAUGGGACCUCGACUCCUCCUAUUUCUGCUGGGGGAACACCUUCGAGUGGAGCAGGCCGAUAUAGAUCAGGAAGUCAUUCAAGGGAAACUCUUCCACCCCCUCCUCCUCCUCCCGAUGCAGUUUUAAUGAAUGGAUAUCAGCCUAACCAUAUGGCUCCUAUGUAUCUAACACAAAAACCUGUGCCAAUGGUUGCUCUGGCUACCAAUAACGGUCGUAUAAGUCAAGGGUCUCGUAGAGAUACAUUAAAUCAUCAUCCUCAUUUACUAAAUCAUAUGUCACUUGCAAGGGACCAUACACCUCCGCCAGACUCCUUGAGCAUUACUUCAGAUUCUCUAGAUCUUCCACCCCCUCCUCCCAUGCCAGAUGGCACUAAUGCAGAAACAACAAUCCCUCCCCCAUCACCACCUCCUCCUCCCCCACCAAAUGCUAAUCAUAAUGCAGUUUUACCACCUCCUCCACCACCCAUUCCCUCUGAUACAGGAACUGUUUCUGUAAUGAGUAGAGUUUCUGACCUUAGAAUGCAGGAAGCAUGUGAAUCUACCAGUACAGGUUCCAGUAAGAUGAGCGAUGAGACAGACUCCAAAUCUAGGUCUCCUGCCCAAGGAGAUGGGAGGAGUGACCUUCUGGCUGCAAUCCGAGAAGGCAUAAAACUCCGCAGAGUGGAAGAUAUAAAGCAGAAAGAAGUAGAAAAAGCUGCUCCUUUACAUGAUGUUGCUUCAAUUUUGGCUAGAAGAGUUGCCAUGGAAUUUUCUGACUCUGAUUCGUCAGAGAGUGAGGAUGAUAGUGAAGGUUGGGGUGAAGAAGAUGCAAGUGAAUGUUAGUUUAGGAAUGAAGAAAUGAUGAACACCUGCUUUUUUAAUACUUAUUACUUCAUUUGUUAUGGACCAACAUAACUUUGCAUUUAAAAUUUUUAAUGGCUUUAUACAAUUUUGUAAUUGUUUUCGGCAUAACCUUUUUAUGAAAUAAAAAUGCAAGUAGGUUAAACUUCUUAUACAAAAAAUGAAGUAGAAGAUUGAAAGUUUUUAGUAGACUUUUUACUAAGCUAUAUAUUAUAGUGAAGUAUGUUUUCAAAGAGGUUUUU